GUUUGGGCACGCUGCAUCUAAGAUCAGUUGCAACUGCGACAUCAAAAUGGAGAGACCUCUUCAUAAUGUAUUGUUGCCCUUGAUGUGUCUGGCCUCGUUAUGUCUAGCUCAAGACGAAUUUCCUGUCUUGAAAGUGGGAUCGGUCUUGACGAAACCUUUCCUUCACGAAACAUCUCCCGGUGAAUAUGAAGGGUUUGUUAAAGACCUAAUGAACGCUCUUGCCGACAAAUUGAGCUUUACUUACGAGAUCGUCUUCGCUAAUGAUGACAAAUAUGGACACAAAUCUCCGGAGACAGGCAAAUGGACCGGCAUGGUUGGCAUGGCCAUUGACGGGGAUGCUGACGUUAUUGUGGCCGAUCUGACACAGACCAAAGAAAGGGAUACGGUUCUGGACUUCUCCACACCCUUCAUGACAUCUUCACUCACGAUCUUGACCAAAAAAUUUUCUACUUUUGGAAGUGAUGCCUUCUUCCUGACCCAACCCUUCUCCUUUAAAUUAUGGUCAUUGAUCUUGGUUUUAUUUGUGGCCACUGCCAUUGGUUUUUACCUCACCGCUCGAAUCACACCCUAUGAGCAUUGGUCCGAGAAGCUUCCCUCUGUGACCAUGUGUAACACAAUGUGGUUCCUUCUCUCAUACGGUUUCAAGGGUUCAAAUUUCACUCCAAAGGCCCUUUCGACUCGGUUUUUGACCUUUGGAUGGGUCUUGUCCACUUGUCUCAUCUUCUUCUGUUAUGUGAUCUCCUUGUAUGGAAUGGUGAGAAGUGGAAAUGGUGCUUCCACUAUGAUGGCCCCUAAUGUCGAGACUCUUUUGGCAAAUCCUGAUUUCAAAAUUGGAGUCUUCGAAUUCGGCUCCACCAAUGCUUUGCUGCAGAAAUCUAAUUACCCAUUGCACAAGAAGAUCUUGGCUCGUGUCCAAAAGUUUGACUCAUACAUCAACUCCAAUGCUGAGGGUGUAGAAAAGGCCCUCGAGUCCAAUGGUAAUUUUGGAGUCCUGAUGGAAGGCAAUGCAGCUGAAUUUGCCAAGAUUGGACAUUGCGAAUUGUAUACUGUUGGCCGAUUGGAUGAUCGACAUUACGCGCUAUCGUUUCCUAAAGAAUCCAAGUACGAGAAGAGACUAUCAAAUGCACUAAUGGAAGUGCAAGAGAGUGGUCUACUUCUCGAACUGAUCAAUAAGUGGUGGAACAUUAACUCCAAAUGCAACGAAGCUCAACAAGUCUAUUCAUAUUUGAACCAGGAUGGACCUGUGUUAUCUUAUACACAAUUCAACAGCGAGGAUUUCUAUUGGCUAUUCCACACGAUGUUUGCUGUUCUCGCCAUUGCUUUGGUGAUUUCGUUCAUGGAACUGGCUAUUUUUGCCGCUACCUCAGGUAAACGAUCCGAUUUCAAGUUGACCCGACACCUAAAAUAUGUCGUAAUCGGAGGAUUUGUGGAUAACGACCAAGACUACAGGAUCGCCAACAAUCACGCUUAAGAUGUGGUUUUCACGUUAACACUCAACCAUUUUCAAUGUAUUUGGAAACAAUUACAGAUCUGCAACUGCUUCUUUUCCUCCCGUAAUUUUUCUCUGGAAUUUUCAAAAAUCUUCAAAAGGGCUCCAUCCGACAAACAUUUCUUAUCGCAGUAUAUUACAUAAUAAAAAAAGAUUGGAAUCAAAGAA